GCAAUUUUUCAAUUCGCAAAACCCCAGUCUAUUGCGCUUCUUUCUAGGUGAAAGUGUUAUAUUUUCCCUCAGGAAUUUACCGUAGAAUCAAAAUGAGAGUUUUCAAAACCAUAAACAACGGUGAAAUCAUAAUUCAAUUGUGCAAUCCAAAAGAGGAUCUCGAGGGCGUUUUGCACGUUUUGCGCGAAGGUUACAUGAAGAGCGCCAACACUUUCAUCGCCUUCGAGUUGGACAAACCGGAAGCCUCGGAAGCACGUCUCGAGUAUGAAGAAAUGGUGAAAGCCGUGCUUUUCGCAGGACUCUCAGUCGUGGCUCGAGAAGUGCGGUCGAACAAGAUUAUCGGAAUCUGCUUGAGUCAUAUUCAUUCUCGUCUUCAGCCUGGAGAGCAAAGUUUCUUUGAGAAGUUCAGAGAUAACAGUGAAAACAAAUUGAUAAAGGAUCUUCUCAAUUUCAGGAUCGCCAAACAUAAACAAAUUAAUCUCUUUGAUAUGUACAACGUUGAUCACUACUUUGAAAUUGUCUAUGGCGUAACUCUUCCGGAAUAUCGUAGACAAGAUAUUGCCUAUCAUUUUGUCGAAUCUACGUUGGUUAUGGCAAAGGAAACCGCAGAAGGAAAAUAUCCUGAAACCAUGGAUGUGAAACUGAGAGGCAAACAUUUUAAAAUCGUUUUCGCCAGUGUCAGUAAUAAGUAUUCAGCGAGACUUGGUGAAAAAUUGAAUUUCGUAGUUUUGAAGAUUUUUCCCUUCAAGGAUCUUAAAAUUGAUGGUGUUCCACUUUCUGAGAAAGUUCCGUCGGAUCACACUGAAUCUAGAUUGCUUGUUCAUAAAUUGUGAUAAGAGAAAAUAAAAUAUUAACACUUCA